GAACAGUCAGAAACUAACCCUGGGAGAAGAGGAAGCCAACAUGGAGAGGAACAGUCAGAAACUAACCCUGGGAGAAGAGGAAGCCAGCAUGGAGAGGAACAGUCAGAAACUAACCCUGGGAGAAGAGGAAGCCAACAUGGAGAGGAACAGUCAGAAACUAACCCUGGGAGAAGAGGAAGCCAGCAUGGAGAGGAACAGUCAGAAACUAACCCUGGGAGAAGAGGAAGCCAGCAUGGAGAGGAACAGUCAGAAACUAACCCUGGGAGAAGAGGAAGCCAGCAUGGAGAGGAACAGUCAGAAACUAACCCUGGGAGAAGAGGAAGCCAGCAUGGAGAGGAACAGUCAGAAACUAACCCUGGGAGAAGAGGAAGCCAACAUGGAGAGGAACAGUCAGAAACUAACCCUGGGAGAAGAGGAAGCCAGCAUGGAGAGGAACAGUCAGAAACUAACCCUGGGAGAAGAGGAAGCCAGCAUGGAGAGGAACAGUCAGAAACUAACCCUGGGAGAAGAGGAAGCCAACAUGGAGAGGAACAGUCAGAAACUAACCCUGGGAGAAGAGGAAGCCAACAUGGAGAGGAACAGUCAGAAACUAACCCUGGGAGAAGAGGAAGCCAGCAUGGAGAGGAACAGUCAGAAACUAACCCUGGGAGAAGAGGAAGCCAACAUGGAGAGGAACAGUCAGAAACUAACCCUGGGAGAAGAGGAAGCCAACAUGGAGAGGAACAGUCAGAAACUAACCCUGGGAGAAGAGGAAGCCAACAUGGAGAGGAACAGUCAGAAACUAACCCUGGGAGAAGAGGAAGCCAGCAUGGAGAGGAACAGUCAGAAACUAACCCUGGGAGAAGAGGAAGCCAGCAUGGAGAGGAACAGUCAGAAACUAACCCUGGGAGAAGAGGAAGCCAACAUGGAGAGGAACAGUCAGAAACUAACCCUGGGAGAAGAGGAAGCCAACAUGGAGAGGUACAGUCAGAAACUAACCCUGGGAGAAGAGGAAACCAGCAUGGAGAGGAACAGUCAGAAACUAACCCUGGGAGAAGAGGAAGCCAGCAUGGAGAGGAACAGUCAGAAACUAACCCUGGGAGAAGAGGAAGCCAGCAUGGAGAGGAACAGUCAGAAACUAACCCUGGGAGAAGAGGAAGCCAGCAUGGAGAGGAACAGUCAGAAACUAACCCUGGGAGAAGAGGAAGCCAGCAUGGAGAGGAACAGUCAGAAACUAACCCUGGGAGAAGAGGAAGCCAGCAUGGAGAGGAACAGUCAGAAACUAACCCUGGGAGAAGAGGAAGCCAACAUGGAGAGGAACAGUCAGAAACUAACCCUGGGAGAAGAGGAAGCCAGCAUGGAGAGGAACAGUCAGAAACUAACCCUGGGAGAAGAGGAAGCCAGCAUGGAGAGGAACAGUCAGAAACUAACCCUGGGAGAAGAGGAAGCCAGCAUGGAGAGGAACAGUCAGAAACUAACCCUGGGAGAAGAGGAAGCCAGCAUGGAGUGAACAGUCAGAAACUAACCCUGGGAGAAGAGGAAGCCAGCAUGGAGAGGGACAGUCAGAAACUAACCCUGGGAGAAGAGGAAGCCAACAUGGAGAGGGACAGUCAGAAACUAACCCUGGGAGAAGAGGAAGCCAGCAUGGAGAGGGACAGUCAGAAACUAACCCUGGGAGAAGAGGAAGCCAGCAUGGAGUGGACAGUCAGAAACUAACCCUGGGAGAAGAGGAAGCCAGCAUGGAGAGGGACAGUCAGAAACUAACCCUGGGAGCAGUAAAACACAACAUAUGUUGAUCUAUGAUUUAAAAUAACUUCGAGCCGGUGACUAUUGUUCAACGGGGAAUGUUUGCAGUGGAUUCCUGUUCAACUCUUCAUCUGGACUGAUCUGAGAACUGUGAAAGCAGUAUGGCCUCAGUCUUAUCAGAGGGAUUUGCUUUCACCAAGUUACCUCGGGUCAGUGAAGAGAGCGGAAAUAAGGUAGGAAUUCAAUCCAAGCCCUGUUAGAGCAGCGCACUAGACGGCCGACAACACAGUAAAGGCAUUUCCCUCUGACGGUAACCGUAGGUACAACAUCAGCUCAAGCUGACAUGAUGACUCCUUGCUGUCCCCAGUCCACCUGGCCGUGCUGCUGCUCCAGUUUCAACUGUUCUGCCUGCGAUUAUUAUUAUUUGACCAUGCGAACAUCUUGGCCAUGUUCUGUUAUCUCCAC